AUGCAACAAGCAGUCAAUCUGUGGUUGUUUGGCGUGAUCUUGGUCUGUUUGAUACUAUCGCUCUUCGCGGUAGUGUUGAGAAUCAUCGGACGACGAAGAAGACAAUCAUUACAAUCGGAUGACUGGACUAUGGUCCUAACUGAGGUUUUCUUCGUACCAUGCACCGUGUGCGCUCUAAUAGCAGUCUCAAAAGGCUUGGGCGUCAGGGACGACCGACUAAGUCCAAAUCAAAUCAUAGAUGCGUCAAUGUACCUCAGUGUCUUUGACAUCUUCUACGCCAUCGUGCUUGGUCCGUUGAGGUGUAGUCUCUGUUUGACCCUCCUCAGGUUCGCUUCUGGAAAGCAUAUGCGACAAGCCAUUCACACCAUGGUCGCUAUCAACAUAAUUGCAGCCAUCGGAUGCUUUGCGAGCGUGAUGACUAUUUGUAGGCCGUAUUCUGCCAACUGGCGUUAUUUUUACGAUUUUCCUGGAUAUCCCAAGAAGGGAAGCUGUUUUGACGGCGCAACUCUCAAGAUCCUGGUAUACAUAUUUACGACAAUCAACUCCAUCCUUGAUCUGAUAAGCGUUGUUAUCCCAGCCAUCAUCCUUUGGGACUCACGCAUGGACCGUCAGAAGAAGAUCAUGGCAUGGCUGCUAUUGAGCCUUGGCCUACUGGCUACGAUAGCCGCCGUGAUCCGUGUGCCUUUUACGGCUUACUGGACUCACAGAAAAGAUCGAGUUUGGGGUCUUGGUAUGGGAGCACUGUGUAGUUGUCUCGAGGUCUUCUUUGGAAUCUUCGCUGGAUGUGCGCCAGCCGUCAAGCCCUUCUGCGUUGCCGCAGUCAAGAAGCUCAAAUCAUGCAGCAACCAUGAAAGUGACGAACCUUUACCGACCGCACUACCUGCAAGAGUCAUCAAUGGCAAAGGACUGACGGGUUUCUCAUACAACACUGUUGAUCUCAAAGCAAUCCACUCUCCAAGAGGUGAUGUGCUUGAGAUUACAGGUACCCUCCUUGAGGGGUCCAGCUCAUGGGACUCGAAGUCUACACCAACAACGGAUACAUCCGGGCUUAGUCGAUUCACUGUCUGA